CCCUUCCAAACUCUUUCCCAGAGUUUACCCUCCGUGCGCCAGCGACGUUCGUCCCCCUCCGACGCUCGUCCCACACUCUAUCCCGCAGAGUCUAGCAGCACGCGUCAAUGGCCGGUCUCCAGGCAGACAGAGACAUCAUCGCCGGCCUCGCAGAGGCCAAGCGCGACGAGUUCGAGCUCGAGAAGAAGGGCAUCAGCCCCAGCUCGUCCGCACACGAGCACGAGCUCGACGGCAUCCACGACGGCCUCGAGUUCCCCACCGAGGAGGAGACGUUGACCCUCCGCCGCGUCUCCGACUCGAUCCCAUGGAGCGCGUACUUGAUCGCCUACUGCGAGCUUGCUGAGCGGUUCUCGUACUACGGUUCGACCGUCGUCUUCACCAACUUCAUCCAGCAGCCCCUGCCUAAGGGCUCGAAGACCGGCGCCAGCGUUAAGCAGGCGGGUGCACUCGGCCUCGGCCAACGUGCAUCAACCGGUAUUGGUACAUUCAACACCUUCUGGGUGUAUGUCAUCCCUCUUUUCGGUGCCUACAUCGCGGACACAAGAUGGGGGCGGUUCAAGACUAUUUGCGUCUCGAUCGCCGUCGCGCUCGUCGGACACAUCCUGCUCAUCAUUUCCUCGGUUCCUGGCGUCAUCAACCACUCGAACGGUGCUCUCGCAUGCUUCGUGAUCGCGAUCAUCGUCAUGGGUCUCGGCACUGGAGGUUUCAAGUCGAACGUCUCUCCACUUGUUGCUGAGCAGUACAAGCGGCACAAGCUGUUCAUCGGCCACACCAAGAGUGGCGAGCGUGUCAUCGUCGACCCCUUCUUGACGACGUCGAGGAUCUACAUGUACUUUUACCUGUUCAUCAACAUCGGAGCGCUCGUCGGUCAGAUCGCGAUGGCUUACUCUGAGAAGUAUGUCGGUUUCUGGCUUUCGUACACGCUCCCCACCAUCGUCUUCCUCUCCGCCCCCCUCGUCCUCUGGGCUGGCCGCCACCUCUACCAACGCUCGCCGCCUCAGGGUUCCGUUCUCUCUAAGGCCAUUCUGAUCUGGCGUCAGGCCAUGAAGGGCCGCUGGUCCUGGAACCCUGUCACGCUGAUCAAGAACAUGAACGCCCCCGACUUCUGGGAGGCCGCGAAGCCGAGCCGCCUCCAAGGCGAGAACAGGCCUUCGUGGAUGACGUUUGACGACCAGUGGGUCGACGAGGUCAAGCGUGGCUUCAAGGCGUGCGGCGUGUUCUGCUGGUACCCCAUCUACUGGCUCACGUACAACCAGCUCAACAACAACCUGACCUCGCAGGCCGCGACCAUGGUCACCAACGGUGUCCCGAAUGACGUUCUUUCCAACCUCGACCCCUUCGCUCUCAUCAUCUUCAUCCCCAUCUGCGACAUCUUCAUCUACCCCGCCCUCCGCCGCGCAGGGAUCAACUUCAGCCCCCUCAAGAAGAUCACCCUCGGCUUCUUCACCGGGGCUGCCGCCAUGGCCUGGGCCGCCGUCGUCCAACACUACAUCUACAAGCGCAACCCGUGCGGGUACCACGUCGCGACGUGCACGGACGCCGACGGGAACCCGAUCACGUCCGACCUCAACGUCUGGAUCCAGACGGGCGCGUACGUGCUCAUCGCGUUCUCGGAGAUCUUCGCGUCCAUCACCGGUCUCGAGUACGCGUUCACGAAGGCGCCGAAGAACAUGCGCUCGCUCGUCAUGUCCGUCUUCCUCUUCAUGAGCGCGAUCUCGUCCGCGAUCGGCGAGGCGUUCGUGUCGCUGUCCUCGGACCCGCUGCUCGUGUGGAACUACGGCGCGAUGGGCGUGCUCGCCGCCGUCGCGGGUGUCAUCUUCUGGUUCCAGUUCCGCCACCUCGACGCGGCCGAGGACGAGCUCAACAACCUCGACGACGGCCACUACGAGCCGAAGCAGUAAAAGUAGCCAGCCGGCGGCGCGCCCUUGCGCGUCCCAUCUGCUCCUCCCUCCGCGAUACGCACCCGUACUGACCUCCGAUGCUUUCACGUGCUUCUCCUCCGGUUUGUCUGUCUUGGGCGACGUAGAAGUAGUGCACUGUCAACGCCGCGUCUGUACUGUAGCUGACUGGAUGAAUUAUGAUGAUAUCCCUAUUCCCCCCCAUCCCCUCCCACCAUUUCGCGACGGGUUGUUGUAACAGUGCCAUAAUGUCGGUAGUAGUCACGCGCUAUAAUGAAUAUUUCC